UCCUGCUGCGUCCUGCUCUCAACGCGGCGCGCGCAGUUUUUUGCAGACCCGGAAGCGGAUCGCGUGGAUAGAAGGUCACACCGCAGCGCGUGUUUCCCUUUGUUUAGAUUCAGUCUGGGCUUCCCAGCUCCCCCGCGCUUCUGUACCCGGGAUCUGAGAGUCAACACAGACCUUGAAAUUCCCGCACCGCUCCCUCCACCCCGUGUAAAUUCAGGCGUCUCCGUGAGAGUCCGGCGGUCGCUUCCCUGUGUGUUAAAAUUGCUCGGCGACGGGUCCUGUCCCCGGUCGUUCUGCCUUGGGCCAGGCCUCGCCUUCCCAGCCAUCGCUACUCCUGACCGUGUGGGGACGUGACUUCUGUCUCAAGAUAUCCAGGAUUCUUCCGUCCCAAAUUGCAUCCCACUAAAAAUGUGCUCUUGACGGAGACACAGGAGUCUCGCCAUGUUGCACAAACUGGUCUCGAACUUCUGGGCUCAAGCAGUCCACCUGCCUCAUUCUCCAAAUGUGCUGAGAUUACAGGCAUGAGCCACCACGCCUGGCUGAGUAUUCAGUAUUUGUAAAAUCUACAGUAGUACACAGUUAUAUCGUAGGCCAUCACAUUCGGUCACCGCACACUCACCGACUCAUCUAGAGCAAUUUCUAGUCCUGCAAGCGCCAUUCAUGGAUUGACUUCUAAACAGUCAUGCUAUGUGAUGAAGAAGCCCGGAAGAGGAAAGCAAAGGAGUCAGGGAUGGCUCUUCCUCAGGGACACUUGACAUUCAUGGACGUGGCCAUCGAAUUCUCUCAGGACGAGUGGAAAUGCCUGGACCCUGGACAGAGGGCUUUGUACAGAGACGUGAUGUUGGAGAACUACAGGAACCUGGUCUCUCUGGGAAUCUGUCUUCCUGACCUAAGUAUUAUUUCCAUGUUGAAGCAAAGGAGAGAGCCCUUGACUCUGCAGAGUGAAGUUAAAAUAGUAAAAAAUCCAGAUGGAAGGGAGUGUGUCAGAAGCGUGAACACAGGGAGGAGCUGUAUAUUGGGAAGCAAUGCAGAAAACAAGCCUAUUAAAAAUCAACUUGGAUUUACCCUUGAGUCACGUCUGUCUGAAUUGCAGCUGUUUCAAGCUGGAAGGAAAAUUUAUAGAAGUAACCAAGUUGAAAAGUUUACAAACCAUUGUUCCUCAGUUUCACCACUUCAACAAAUUUCUUCUAGUUUCACGACACACAUUUUUAAUAAAUAUAGGAAUGAUUUUGUUGAUUUCCCAUUACUCCCACAAGAAGAGAAAGCAUACAUUAGAGGAAAAUCUUAUGAAUGUAGUGAAGAUGGUGAAGUUUUUAGAGCCCCUGCAAGCCUUAUUAACCAAGUAAUCCAUACUGCAGAGAAACCUUACAAAUGUACUGAAUGUGGCAAGGUCUUCAGUCGCAAUUCACAUCUUGUAGAACAUUGGAGGAUUCAUACUGGACAGAAGCCUUACAAAUGUAGUGAAUGUGACAAGGUGUUUAAUCGCAAUUCAAACCUUGCACGACAUCAAAGAAUUCAUACUGGAGAGAAGCCUCACAAAUGUAACGAAUGUGGCAAAGCAUUUAGAGAGUGUUCAGGGCUUACUACCCAUCUUGUAAUCCAUACUGGAGAGAAACCUUACAAAUGUAAUGAGUGUGGCAAGAACUUCAGACACAAAUUUUCUCUAACCAAUCAUCAGAGAAGUCACACGGCAGAAAAACCUUACAAAUGUAAUGAAUGUGGCAAGGUCUUUAGUCUGCUUUCAUACCUUGCACGGCAUCAAAUAAUUCAUAGUACAGAGAAGCCCUACAAAUGUAACGAAUGUGGAAGAGCGUUUCGCAAGCGUCCGGGUCUUAUGGCCCAUCUUCUAACCCACACUGGGGAGAAACCUUACAAAUGUAAUGAAUGUGACAAAGUCUUUGGGCGCAAAUUAUACCUAACCAACCAUCAAAGAAUUCAUACUGGAGAGAGACCUUACAGGUGCAAUGCCUGUGGCAAGGUCUUCAAUCAAAAUCCACACCUUUCACGCCAUCGGAAAAUUCAUGCUGGAGAGAAUUCACUGCGUACCUUACAGAUGCAAUGAAUGUGGCAAAGUCUUUAGUUACAGUUCAUACCUAGCACAACGUUGGAGGACUCAGGAGAAAAACCUUACAACUAUCAUAAAUGUGGCAAAGAAUUUAGUUUGCCUUCAAGCCUCAUCACCCAUCUGUUGAUCCAUGUUGAAAGGAAACCUUACAAAUGUAAAGUUAAUAACAUAUAUAUAUAUACACACACACACACACACAAAUAAUCGAUAGAGAAGAGUUAUAUCAGAAUAGAGAAUUUAAUGAAAACUACCAGUAUAGCAUAUCCUUAAGUAGGAUUCACAUUUAACUGCUGGCACUAUAAUUUGUAACUCUUUGGUUGAUUUAGAAUGUACGUACAUACUUCUCAUGUUUUAAGUAACAAAGUUUCAAGUUUUUUUUUU